AUGAGUCAGCCAAGCCACGAGUUCCAACAACCAACCAAACUCCAUGCCAUGUCCACCGAAGCGGAAGGAAAGGCUCUCUAUGAGGGGGCUCGCAAAGAUCUUGUCAAUGCUUUGAUGAAACGCAAGGAUAUUGAUAAACAACUAGCAGCUCUCGAAUCUCAGAUUUACACCUUUGAAGGGAAUUACCUCACAGAAACAACCAACUCUGGCGGGAACAUUAUCCAAGGCUUUGAAAACUACUUGAAGCACCCCAACGCAGCCAACAGGAAGAAGUACGAGAUAACCGAUGGGGACCGGAUCUUCUCAAACAGUAGCUCUACAUAUGGCAAGGCAAUCAAUGGCGAUGCCGACCGCUCUGCCGAUGAUGCGGGGGCCGGCUCCCAUGUCACGGUCGCCGUACCUGCUGCACGCCAGGGAAGUGAAGCUCGAAGCAUCGACUCGCGACGCGACCGGGACUCUAAGCAGAAAAAACGGCCGAAUAAUCAACGAGAUGAUGAGGGAACCCCACCUCUUCCUGGGACCACACGCAAGAAGCGCCCUAGGAUGGCCUCGGAAGAUUAG